AUUGUGUUUGGAAAGGCAAGUAAACUGCAUUUCAGCUUUCUAUAGUAUAGUUGAAUACUGUAACUCAAAUCGGUUUGAUAGUACAUCACUGGUUACUUGUAGGCCACAUUCCCGAUCCUCUGACGGUGGCCAACUUCAAACAAUUGUUUUGAUAGGUGGCUGCCAGUAUGAGAUGUGUCAUGCCGAUCAUAAAUCCCCGACGUCCUGCCAGCUACGGUGACCCUGUGUUGAUUAACAAUGUUAUUUCAAAGGUUUACAACGUAGAUUGCAAUUAUCGACAGGAUGUCACUCUGUUUUGGCUUGUUAUGUUGUAUAACGCUUUGGAGCUGCAGUUUAAGCUGGAUGACAGGACAGCCCACAGCAGUCUGGACCUCUUUAAGAAGGACACAGGCGUCAUCUACCGCAUCUUGGGCCUAGACCCCAGCCAUGUCCAACAAAACCCUGAGCGCUUCCGGGAUUGGGCCGUGGUGUUCGGAGACGGGCAAAUCACAGGUGGCCGCCACUACUGGGAGGUGACGGUGGAGAAGUCCUCAGAGUUCCGUUUGGGCGUGGCCUUGGUGGCAAUGUCAAGGGAUGACUGUGUGGGCACCAACAGCUCCUCCUGGGUGUUUGGCUACGUCCAGCGUAAGUGGUUUGCAAUGACAACCAACCAGAGGGUGCCGGUGACUCUGGUGGGGAAGCCUGACCGCGUGGGCAUCCUGUUGGACUACGAGGCCGGCCUGAUAAGCUUGGUGGACAUCCCAAAGGCCAAGGUGAUCCACAGCAUGAGGGCCAUGUUCAGGGGGCCUCUCUGCCCAGCGUUUGGCUUGUGGGAUGGAGAGCUGCUUACACACUCAGGUCUGGGGGAGCCCGAAGGCUUGAAGUGAAGCAUCACUACUGAUGACAAUAUGGUAGGGAGGUGGAUAGUGAGAUAGGAAUGGCAAUGUACAUUCUGACAACUUGGUUUUUGUAAACUGAACACUUACAGCAGGCAGCACUUGAAAAUGUUUUUCAAAUCUCCUAUGAAAAGCAAUAUUCUCCAUAGGGAUUUGGAGAGCAGGGAGUUUGUCCAGUGUAUCAUUUCACUGCUGUACAGACUCAGGCAAACUCCUCACAAUAAGCUAUUUUUUUAUUACCUCUUGUGUAAUAUUUUUUAAGUCUGAAAUAAAUGGCAACAAUAUGAA